UUUUCGCAUGGAAUUUCAUAAAUAAAGAGCCGAUUUUUAAGCAUGGCGAUGCCGAUGCUGCAUUUAUUGUGGACGGACGAUUUUCCGAUGCAUGCAAGCCAUUGGAAUACAUGCACUCCCGCCGCUCCAUUUCUCCUCAUUCUGCUCUCUUUCUCUCUCUCCAUUUUCUCAUUCUGAAUCGCAAUUUUCAUAUCAGCAUUGGUUCCUUAGGCAUCUGAUUUUUGCUGGCUUUAAGGAACCAUGGAGAAGAACGACGAUCACGAACCUUCCGCUGCCCCUCCCAGGGAAAGUGAGAAUGCAGACAAGGUUAAUGAUGAAAAUCCUGAACAGUAUAUUAUUGUUGGGCAGAGAAUGCUUCCAAGCACCUCAAUUUCCCUUUCUUCUGAAGAUUUCAAGAAUUUAGAAAUAGAUGUGGAUACUGUUAAAAAAUCUGUGCCAAGGGAAGGAGACGGCCAAGACAAGGCAGAGUCGAAAGCAGAGAACUCGUCAUUGGAUGCAGAAGCUAAAGCAAAUGGAAAGGUUCAAUGGAAAGGAUUCCUUCGAAAGCUGAAAAAGGGGCCUGCAGUGCCAUUUCACCCAACCUUACCUCACCUUCCUUCAAUAAAGAAGCUUUCGAAAAGAAUGACCGAGAAGGGUACACAGAGCUUGCCAAUACUUCCUCCUAACGUGGAGGCCGAGCUGUAUUAUUGCUUUCAGAAUUCUUGGACCAAUUUCAGUCUCACAGAACUCGAAGAAGCGACCAACAACUUCAGCCACGAAAACCUGAUCGGGCAAGGUGGAUAUUCGGAGGUUUACAAGGGACAUUUAGCAGAUGGUCAAUUAGUAGCUGUCAAAAAACUGAUUAGGGGAACCACAGAGGAAAUGACAGCGGAUUACUUGUCCGAGCUCGGCAUUUUAGUACACGUCAACCAUCCAAACAUUUCUAGCGUCAUCGGCUAUGGGGUCGAAGGAGGGCUGCACUUAGUUCUUCCUUUGUCCGCCAACGGGAGCUUGUCAUCGUUGCUUAAAAGCAGGAAGGAGAAAUUGACAUGGCAGCACCGAUACGAUAUUGCCGUAGGCAUCGCCUCGGGUCUUUCGUAUCUUCACGAGGGAUGUCAAAGAAGAAUCAUUCAUAGAGACAUCAAAGCUGCAAAUAUAUUACUCACCGAGGAAAUUGAACCUAAGAUUUCAGAUUUCGGGCUCGCGAAAUGGCUUCCCGAUCAGUGGACUCACAUAACAGUCUCGCAAGUUGAAGGCACAUUCGGCUAUCUCCCUCCCGAGUUUUUCAUGCACGGCAUAGUUGAUGAAAACACUGAUGUGUAUGCAUACGGCGUGCUUUUGUUAGAGAUCAUUAGCGGCCGCCCAGCAAUAGAUGAAUUGAAUAAUAGCGUUGUGAUGUGGGCCAAACCUCUAUUGCUAAACAGGAACAUCACAGAAUUAGUUGAUCCGGUACUUGACAAUAACUUCGACUGGGACGAGCUGAAUCGAAUGGUAAUUGUCGCGUCGUUAUGCAUUCAUCACGACUCGACCGAAAGGCCUCAAAUGAGCCAGGCUCUGAGAAUGUUGAAAGGCGACGAAAGCAUAGUAACAGGCAACAAGAAAUUCCAGAAAAGGCCUGCCCUGAAGAGGACACAGCCAUUGGAGGCGAGUUCCGAAGAAGAAGAAGAAAGCAACUCAGCAAAGAGUUCCGACGAUAGUAUUCGGAAAACCGAGGCAGAAAACCAGUCCGGCGACAUAGAAAGCUCAGAAACAACAUUGUAGAGGGUGUGUACAGACAGUCUUCUUGAUUUUACCUAAGUUGCUAUAACCAUGGUUGUUACAAACUUCUAUUUUUUUAUUUUUUCUGUAGUUUAAACUGAAGAAAUAUGUUUGUUUGCGUAGAUAGUUAUACGCUGCAGUUUUCUUCAUUUUUAUUUUGCUUUUGUAGUUUUUG